CUCCUACCCCCCAACCCCAACCCCACCCCCCCUCUCUCUCUCCUCCCUCCAUUAUUACUCUCUCACCGACACCGACGCUGCUCUCCUCAAUAUUUCCCGCUCUCUUCUCUCCCUCCAUUUCCAUUUCCAUUUCCAUUUCCUCUGAGUGUGAGACCGCCAUGGAUUCCCUCUCCAAUGGCGUCUCCCUCCUCUUCCCCCUUCUUCUACUUUCCCUUUCCCUCUCCUCCGCCGCAUUCCGCCACAACCCACUUCCGAAAUCUUCCUCCUCCUCCGCCGCCGCCGCAUCCCAAAUCAAUUCCAACUCUAUCCUCGUCGCCCUUCUCGAUUCCCACUACACUGAGCUUGCGGAGCUCGUUGAGAAAGCGCUUCUGCUCCAGACUCUUGAAGACGCCGUUGGGAAGCAUAAUCUCACCAUUUUCGCUCCCAGGAACGAGGCCCUGGAGCGCGAGUUGGACCCUGAGUUCAAGAGGUUCUUGCUCGAGCCCAGGAAUUUGAAAUCGCUUCAGACGCUUUUGAUGUCGCAUAUCGUUCCUCGUAGGAUCGGGUCCGUUGAGUGGCCGGAGGGGAGUUCGUCGCCGCUUCGCCACCGGACAUUGGGGGACGUCCAUGUGGAUUUGAGGAAUUCGGAUGCCGGCAGGAAAAUUGUUGGUUCGGCGGAGGUUGUUCGUCCCGACGACGUCGUUCGCCCCGACGGAGUCAUCCACGGGAUCGAACGGCUAUUGAUUCCCCGCUCCGUGCAAGAAGAUUUCAACCGCCGGAGAAAUCUGCAGGCGAUUUCCGCCGUCCUGCCGGAAGGUGCGCCGGAAGUCGACCCACGAACCCACCGGUUGAAGAAGCCGGCGCCACCCGUAUCCGUCGGUGCCCCGCCUGUUCUUCCAAUAUAUGACGCCUUAGCCCCCGGCCCUUCCAUCGCUCCGGCGCCUGCGCCGGGCCCCGGAGGACCCCACCACCACUUCGACGGCGAGCGUCAGGUGAAGGAUUUCAUCCAAACGCUGCUACAUUACGGUGGCUACAACGAGAUGGCCGACAUUCUGGUCAAUCUCACCUCCCUCGCCACAGAAAUGGGGCGAUUAGUCUCCGAAGGGUAUGUCCUUACAGUAUUAGCCCCGAAUGACGAGGCUAUGGCGAAGCUGACGACGGAGCAGCUGAGCGAACCGGGGGCGCCCGAGCAGAUCAUAUACUACCACGUGAUUCCAGAGUAUCAGACGGAGGAGAGCAUGUACAAUGCCGUGAGGCGGUUCGGGAAGGUCCGGUACCAGACCCUCCGGCUGCCCCACGCCAUGGUGGCACAGGAGGCUGAUGGGUCGGUGAAAUUCGGGCAAGGCGAAGGCUCGGCUUAUCUGUUCGACCCUGAUAUAUACACAGAUGGCCGGAUUUCUGUGCAGGGGAUUGAUGGGGUUCUGUUUCCAUUGGAGGAGGAGAAAGCUGAGAAGAAAUCAAAUCCAGCUCUUAAAGUUGCCACUAAACCCAGAAGAGGGAAGCUGAUGGAACUCACAUGUAGUAUGCUUGGUGCCUUUGGACAAGACUUUCAUUUCUCUUCAUGCCAAUGAAAAAUAAAGCUCUCAACUUCACACCCAAAACAAGAAAAAUAAAGUCAAAUUGAUAAUCAUUUACACAAGUGCUGUAAAAUGGGGCUGUGUGUAAAGCUUAGAGGACUGGGAAGGUGAUUGGGGAGCAAGAAAAUGCAGAAAUUUUCUCGAGAAAAUCCGCAGAGGAUAAUUUGAGUAAUUUUUUUUUUCCUUUUGUUAGGAAUACACUGUAAUUACAUAUCUUUUUUAUUUUUUAUUUUUGGGUUUCAUUUUUUGGGUUAAUAUUUUUCUUUAAUUAUUUAUGCAUGUUUGAUUCUCUCCCAAUGUAUGCAUUGAAAAUAUAUGUGUAAAGACUUGUUCUGUCUGUCUGUC